UCAUUCGCGUCAGUGAUAUUUAUCAUGGUCUCUGUCGCGAUGUCUUGUGUGAACACCAUUGAAGAAGUAAAUAAAAACGACAACUGGCUUGUCUUUUUCGUGGAGUACAAGUCCUUUCCUGAAGAUACGAAGUUUCGCUCAAUUCCUCAUUCAUUCUGGUGGUCCCUUAUCACCAUUACGACAGUUGGAUACGGUGAUAUUUAUCCGCGUACAUGGCUUGGCAAGAUUGUGGGCUCAAUGUGUGCUAUGUGCGGUGUACUCAUUGUCGCAUUACCAGUAUCUGUCAUCGGUAAUAACUUUUCACUCUUUUAUGCGCAUGCUCAAGCAAAGCUUAAAUUACCGAAGAAGAAAAAGAAAUUAUUUCUUCAACAGUCUUCGACAGUGUAUAGCGAAAGACAUCUCCCACGGCGUAAGGCUUUACGUAAGAAGGAGUCAAGACUCAGUGAUACUUAUAGUGCGAUGUAUUCAGAUAGUCGCGAGUCCUCCACUCAAGGCAACCUAAUUACAAAUGGAACUAAACGGACCAGUUUGGUUGGUAAAGAUCAAUGCAAACUGUUCUCCUCCAUAAAAAAGAUUCCAAGGAAGAAAACUUCGGUGAUGUCGAUGAAAAUUCCGACACCGUUGGAUGAAAAUAUGGAGGAAAAUCGUGAGUUGGAAAAAGAACUGUCUUCAGUUGAUUCAUCGUAUUAUGUAACCCAAGGAAGAUCUCUUUCUUCACCUGAUGGAUUGAAAUCAUUCUGUGUUGGUGAUGAAAUUUGUGCAAAUGAAGAAAACAUGAAGGACGUUAAAACUUUCAUUCGAUGUUACGAAACAACACACGAGAAGGCGAAUAAGACACGAAGUUCACCCGAAAUUAUUGCACUUCUUGAAGAGUCAAAACAUUUAGAUUGUGGACUUAAAAAUGUGGAGCGUACAGAGAGAAUUAAUUAUCAUAAUAAGCAGGAGAUAACAGAAGAAAGCACAAGUACACGCAAGAAAAUAUCCAGUCAGUUUUUCGUCAACGAGGAUGGGUAUUUAAACAGUGAAUUAGCCAAUGAACAAAUUGUAACCGAUGAUCAAAACUCGUCUGAAAUUAAUAUUUGCACAAACGUAUUAUCGAGAGAUUGCUCAGUCGAUGUUGUCAAUUGGAAAAAAGCGACCCUUGUCUUUGACCGAAGACAUUCUGGAAACUGUCGUUGCCGGGCAACAUGAGUUGAAUUAUAUUGAUAAUGGUCUCGUUGUGAAAACUAUAAAAUUACCAAACGACUUUAAUCCAGCAAGAAGGCAAGCCACAUUUUAAAUGUGUCUUUGAUUUUUGUAUUUUAACAACAAGUGGCUACGUGAGGCAGCAUCAUAUUAUAUUAUAGUCUUUAUAUAACUUGCCGUA